AUUGACGGACAUGUUUCGUCUUUUGUUAGCGGGGCGUCAUGUGGAGCUGAGAGCGAAGCCUUUCUGUUUGUUUAAGAAGAAACUGACUUUAAUUUUCCAGGAGUCGGGGGAUGUUUAUUCGCUCGUUUCCAUUCAUCUGCAGUGUUUUGUUUUAUUUUCUGACCGGCUGAGCGAAAACGUGACCGAAGAUGGAAGAUCCAAACAAACAGCCACCUUCAUUUGGGAAUGGACAGCAGAGAAACCCUCAUCCAAGACCUUUUUUCUACGUCCAACCUCCAUCUCAGCCUUAUUACUUCUACCAACCCUGGCAGCUCAACAACCCUUACAGUCACUAUGGUUUGUCUGGAGGUUUUAACUUUGCUCGUCCCUGCAUGCACCCCAUCCAGUACAUGCAGUAUCCCGGUGUUGUUUUCCCGCACACUUCCAUAUAUCCGAUGGAUUACAGGCGGAUGUUCGAGCCCCGCUUCCAGGCUCCGACUUGGGGUGAAAUGCCUCGACAACAGCACAAUCCACAGCCUCAGGGGCAUCGAGAAAUGGCCUGCUCGGAGGUCCAAACCGACCCCAGCGACGCCAUAACCAAACUCAUUGAGUGCCUGGAUAAGAUCCGAGCCAGCGAGAUGCAGGGCGCCAACAGGGAACUGGACUCUGGCAUUGCAUCCCAGUCCUCAGGGAUGUUUUCACCACGAGAGGAGAAGAAAAACCAAGAACAGGGUAAUGUCCUGCCUUCGGCACCUCAAGACGGCCAUGCGGAAGGGUUGGUGGACUCACCUGCUGCUGCUGAGUCCAGCCGGACAAUCUUAGACUCCUUAAGCCCUCAGGUAUCCUGGUCAGGAGGUCUCGAAGAGGAGCUACCCCUCGAUAGCUCCUCUGUUCAGGAAGAUUGUCCCGAGCUCGAGCAUUCAGAAACAGAUGAACACCUUGUGUCUGCUGAGGAAGAAGAGGUCCAGUCAGAUACCUCGAGUGUCCCCAAAUGUGACACCGAAGACCUCCCGAAGUCCCCGAUGUCACUUAAAGAGGCCGGAAGUAGUGACAAAGUCUCAAAUGCAGAACAUCUGGAAGAGUCUGCCAAUGAAGACAAAACUGAUCGGAGCUACCAGAUCCUCAAACUACCCUUUGAUUGCGUUUUAACCCCUGGAUCCGCCCGCCUCGCUUCCCCAUCAGCUCCCUACUACUACAACUACCUAUCCAUGCAGGCGACACAUGAGCGGAUGAGCGUCCUCAGCCCAUCCUUGGAUGAAUUGUCCUCCAGAGACGAGAUGUUCUCCACAGACCUGGACGACGUGGAUCUCUUUCCCAAACAUGUAUACGCACCCAGAAGGCUCACAGAGGUCAUCGGUGGAUCCCUUCAAGAUGCCAAAGACGUGGAGGAAACCUGGAUGCCCGGUUCAUGUGCCUGCUGUGGGAAAAGGCUGGUAAAAGGGAAGAACAGGAGCAAAAUCCAUAACUCCGAGAUGUACCUGGACGAAGGUGGAGACUCGGACGAGGAAAGUGAGUAUGGACGAGGGUGCGAGCAGCCAGUUCGAGUGGUUGUAAGGAAGCCUUGUUCACCAAGGAGGUCUCACCCCAUCCGGCCGAGACAUGCGUCUAAACCGUGGUAUAAAAGAGGUUUAUGCAAGGAGAUGUCCGACCAGGUGGAAGAUCAGGAUGGUUGUGAACACGAAUUAGCUCAAGGUGAAACUGGAGAGUCUGAGCUGCAGUGUAGGACAUAUGAAGACAGACUAUGCAGAGAAGAUCCGACCACGUCAGAUCAAGGCUGGUGGGCAGACGGCGACGUGAUUCCCAGAAGGAGAUCGGCAGCAACUCUGCAGCGACAAGAAAUGAGCGCUCAGUGGAUGUCGAUGCACCACCGAUCAAGAGAUGAAGACCACGAUGAAGAUGACGAGCCGCCACCUUUACACUGGGACAGAGGCUCUGCGAUAAGAGGAGAACCGAGAUGAUAACAUCCCCCCCGACGGACCUUGUUGAACUGUCCCCUCGAAAGGUGUAAACGUUCACAGAUAAUGCGUUGGAAGAUAUUUGGGGCACCAGGUGAAAUGCACUGCACAGGAGGCAUCUUUUUGUUGGAGAAAAGUUAAAAAAAAAAAAAAAAAAAAAGUAUAAUUCUUCCACAGUGGUACUGCCUUGCACUAUUCAUGAUUAAUGGAUUCACAAGAAGGCAAACGGGCUGAAAGGUUGUAUUACAGUUUGGGGUCAGUCCAAUAAAAUAUUGUCAUUUAAGUUUUCUGGUGCCUCAUUUUGUGUUUUCCUCUGUUUAGGAUGGUUUAUGUUCCAGAUUUACAGCUUUUAGUCACCUGAGAUUUCGUCCAGAACCACUUUUUUUUUUUUUUUUUUAAUCUCUACUGCAACAUCUGUGCUGAUUCCAGAUGUUGGUAGAUGAUAAUCGUCACCUGAGGUAAAGUGAGGUGUCUCUGGAGGUCAAUAGAAGCUCAAGAAAUGAAUAUAUUAGUACAGGAUAAUUCUUUACCAGUGGACAGAGCAUUGUUCCUGCAGGGAUAUGAAUCAGAACAGUAGCUGUAGUUUCUAGAAUAAAGUCUGUAUUGUUGUAGGGAUCUUUGCUUGUUUGUUACCUCCAGGUAUUAUCAGCUCACAUCCAGACAGUUUUGAGCUCUUCAGCUGCACAGUGGAAUAAAUUAAGACAACUUCAGUGCAUAUUUUUGGAUGUAAUUUACUGGAUGAGUUGGUAUUUUUCAAAUCCAGUCGUCAUUCUUUGGUAUUAAAUGUCCUCCAGUUAAGAAA